AUGGAUACCUGUAAACUCUGCUCGGAAAGUUUGACUGUCCAACUCGACCCAGAGGAGUUGGAGCAAUUUGAAGGUGGAAGCUCUUCUAUGGGAAGCGUUCCAGAUGACCUUCAGUUGGUUUGCGGAUGUCAUAUGCAUUGGCAAUGUCUUUUGGAUGAAUCUCCUCAAAUUUUGAAUAAGCUCCAUUGCCCAUCGUGUGAUAAUUCAAUUGCAACUUCAGUGGCUUCAGCUUCAAGAUCAGUCUCCGGAACCCGAGUUCCUACAAGAUAUCACAACGAGGGAGGAGUUCAAGAAGACCUUGACAUCUUACCUCUCAUCACUGAAGAAGCCUAUCUCGAUGAACACCCAGAAGCACGUCCCGCUCGAGCAUUCAUGACGAUGUGUGCCGAGGGUGAUGUUUUUGGAAUUAAUGAUCUACUCAGCGCAGUAGAUGAUGACGAGGAUGGAGAAGGGCUAUCAGCAAAGCCAAUUCUGCGUUAUCAAGAUCCUUUGGAUGAGAUGAAAAGUGGUUUGCAUGUGGCUGUUGAAAAAGGACAGGAAGAAAUCAUCUGGCUGUUGUUAUGGCUCGCUUCAACGCUUCCAACCGAUUUCUUCCCGGAACAAAUCACUCAAAUGGCAGAGACGAUGGGUGUAGGACGUGAUACUGCUGAUGGAGAAGAUAUCCGGAAUCUUCGGGACGCUCAGGGACAAUUGGCAAGCGAUUUGGCAAGAAACACUGGCAAUGUUCUUCUCACCGAUCUGUUAUCGGCGAACUUGCCUUGA